AUGAUUAUAAAAUUCAUAGCGUUUGUAACUGUUAUUAGUCAAGUGAAUAGCCAAUUCUAUCAAGUUACUCGGCCAUGUCUUCAAGGAGGUAUGUCCAAAUCAAAUCCAGCCUUUGCAGUUUCACCAACAUUUGUCAAAGCUCAGAAGCAACCUCAACAGAUGUUAGCAAAUUCUAACGUAAUUUUUUCAAAUCAACCCUUUUUACAAAUUAGUCCUAUAGAAUAUACAAUAACUAGUCCCACAAGUUUGCUCCAAAGUUUGCCUCUACCUAUUGCGACCCCAGCGCCAAAACCUUGUUGUCCUCUUUCACCAAGUAUAGAAGUAUGCUUGCCGGAAGUGGAACCAGUGUUUGAUUUUACUUUGGGAUGCUUAGAUCCUAUAUUAAAAUAUUACAGCACGAUAAAUGAAGUACCAAUACCACAUAUACCACCUUGUGGCUCAAUUAAUCCUUUUCUACCUGCUGCUUCACCAGUUACUCCAGUUUCAACGGCAUUACCUUCGGAGUGUUCGUGCCACUUUCUAAAGAAAAUUUCAAUACCCCCGCCUUUCAUAUGA